ACUCCAUAUCCAACAACAAGCAAGAGCUUCAUCUUUUUCUCGGUUUCUCUGAAAAGCGCUUCUGGAACAAGCCAUGGAGACGGGAGUAGAAGCCCAUGAAGAGGAGCUGGGUUUGCGAAGAGGUCCGUGGUCCGACGAGGAGGACAUUUUGUUGGUGAACUACAUCGCGAUUCAUGGAGAGGGGCGUUGGAACUCUUUAGCACGUUGCGCAGGACUAAAGAGAACGGGAAAGAGCUGUAGGCUUCGUUGGCUCAACUAUUUACGCCCCGACGUGCGCCGCGGUAACAUCAGCCCGGAGGAGCAGCUCCUUAUAUUGGAGUUACACUCGCGGUGGGGAAACCGAUGGUCGAAAAUCGCACAAUUUUUGCCCGGAAGGACCGAUAACGAGAUAAAGAACUACUGGAGGACUAGAGUGCAAAAACACGCAAAGCAACUUCGCUGCGACGUCAACAGCAAGCAGUUCAAGGACAUCAUGCGGUACCUGUGGAUGCCUCGCCUCAUGGAGAAAAUUCGGGCAGCUUCGGACAACAAAAACAUCCCGACCGUCAACGACCAGACCACAAGCGAGAUCACCGAAACCACCGGGCAUGCGAACACAAGCCCUGAGAUCUCUUGCGUCACCGGAUCGUCGUCGGAGUCGUUCGGGAUGCAAUUCUCGUCGCCGCCAGUGUCGGACAGCUUCGACGGUUGCUAUGAAACGCAACGAGACGACGAUCGGGGCGGCGACGCGAUGCAACCGGCCCAAUUCGGCGGAGACUGGUCCGAGCCGCUUCCGAGCCCAGGGGGUGACACUUACCUGGGGUUACCAGAUCUGGACUUAGGAAAUUGGCAGGAAAAUUUAGGGUUAGAGAAUUUGUGGAGUGUAGAAGAUAUUUGGUUACAACAACAACUUUAGAUUUUAAAAUAUGAAAAAGGAGCAAAUGCUUAAUUAAGGCUUGUAAAGUCUAAACACACAAUUCUAAUUAGAUUUGAGUGAACCCCCCAAAAAAAAGAAAAUAUAGUGAGAAAAAAGAAAGAGAAAUGUAGGAAAGUAACCCUUUGUUGGUGUUUGGAUUCUUCUUCUUCUUCUUUUUUUUGUUUAUUGAGUUUCUUUUUUUCUUUUUGGAGAGAUGCCAAAGAACCUUAAUUGAUGGGGUUUUCUCAUUCUUUGUAAUAUUGUUGUAUUUUUUUUUCAGUUUUUCUGGAGAAAAUACUGCAGCAAAUUUGAUUAUAUCUACCAAA